CACUCACAACUCGGCUCCACUGGGAACCGGAAGACGAGAAGAUGCAAAUAUAGAGACCAGGAAGGAAAAAGGAAAAACGCGAGGUUGGAAGGAAGAAGGGAAGAAGGAAAAAAGGCAAAGCAGGAAGCGAGAGGCACGGCACUGGGCACCUUGCAGAGCAAGGCUGGGACGAGCCUCGUUCUCAUCCUCGCCCCUACGGGGAGCGCAAGCCCAGGAAGUGCCCCUCAUCUCCUCUCCCUUUAAGCGGAGCCUCGUCCGGGGACGCCCCGGCGUCGGGUUGGCCUAGUGCGCGGAACCGCACGUGAAGGGGGCGGGGGAGGGAGAAGAGAAAGACGGAACCUCACAAUUCUCAAUGCUCCAAUAGCUUCUCUCCCGGUGCUGACCCGGAAGAGCUUCUACUCUUCCUCAGCGCCUCGGCGGAGAAAGUCGCUGGCGCGCGCGCGUGCGUACACACGUAGACGUGCGCAUAUACUACACACACAAACACACCCAGACGGGACGCGGACACUUAACCUUCCUUCCUCCAGGGAGUACCUAGCUCUAACGGAGUCAGCCCUCCGACUUACUUUCAGUCGCUACUGCUGGACCACCCCUCCCCCCUCCCCACCAAUAUUUAUUAAUUUAAAAAAAAAUGGCAGAGUCAACUGAGGAGGUGGCGGUGCUGGUGCAGAGGGUGGUGAAGGACAUCAACAACGCCUUCAAGAGGAAUCCGCACAUAGAUGAAAUAGGACUAAUUCCCUGUCCUGAAGCUCGGUACAACCGGAGUCCAAUAGUCUUGGUUGAGAACAAACUUGGUGUGGAGAGUUGGUGUGUCAAGUUUCUUUUGCCAUAUGUCCACAACAAACUUCUCCUCUACAGGCAAAGAAAGCAGCGACUAAACAAAGAUGAAUUGAUAGAUGUCACAUGUACCCUGCUACUUCUAAACCCAGAUUUUACUACUGCAUGGAACGUGAGGAAAGAACUAAUCCUAUCUGGCACUUUAAAUCCAAUUAAGGAUUUGCAUCUGGGAAAACUGGCCUUAACUAAAUUUCCGAAGAGCCCAGAAACAUGGAUUCACAGGAGAUGGGUGCUACAGCAACUAAUUCAGGAAAGCUCCUUACCCACUUUUGUGAAGAAAGAGAACUUGGCAACAUUUCCCACAGAAAGAGUACAACAAAUAGUGCAAGAGGAGAUAGAGGUCUGUAAUGAAGCUGCUGGGAGAUACCCAAGUAAUUACAAUGCCUGGUCUCAUCGCAUCUGGGUAUUGCAACACUUGGCAAAGCUAGAUAUCAAGAUUCUUCUUGAUGAACUGUCUUCCACCAAACAUUGGGCAUCCAUGCAUGUUUCAGAUCACAGUGGAUUUCACUACCGCCAGUUCUUAUUAAAGUCUUUGAUAAGCCAAACUGGGAUUGACUGUGCUAUAUUGGAACAGAGCCCUUUAGUAAGUAAACAAAUCCCAGAUCUUCCAAAAGAUGAUGAUGAAGAAGAAACGGCAACAGAGCACCACAGAGUAGUCGAUCUUUCCCGUCUUCUAGAGGAAGAAGUAGAACUCAGCACAGAUCUCAUUGAUAACUACCCAGGACAUGAAACACUCUGGUGUCAUAGGCGGCAUGUGUUCUACCUUCAGCACCAUUUAAACAAUAAGCUUCCUCACAACCUAAUGCGACUAUCACCUGUGGAAAGCAGUGGUGGGACUUUAAAUGACUUACAUCUCAGCCCAGCAGUUUCUCAUAUGACUCAAGCCAUGGAUGUGGAUGGCUUAAAUGACUCUAACAAGCAAGGCUAUUCCCAAGAAACUAAGCGAUUAAAACGGACACCAACUCAGGACUUCCUUGGUAUAGAAAUGGAACACAGGUUUAUUGAACAAAUUUUGUCCACCUCCCGAAAUGUAGAGCAAGCCAGAUUUGCUAAUGCUUAUAGGAAAUGGCUGGUUACUUUGAGUCAGUGAAAGAGAUGAAGGUCCUGCAAGGUUUUACUUUUAGUAAAAUUUACUUAUUUUUUUUUUCUUACACAGUUGUACAUACUGGUUCUGGUAUUGGUUCCUCACCCUUUAUGUUCAAUUUUAAGGUUUGUUGGAAGACUCUUACAUCAUUUAGGAACAUCAUUAGAGCUAUUCUUUUGUGGGAAAAAACCAAAAACAUUUUCCUACUGAAUAAUGAGAUUAAAAUUUUGAGAUAAAAAAAUUUAUAUCCUUUGCAUUUCUACUUUGGGCAACUUCAUAUUCUAUUGUGAUUUUUUUUCUUUUUUCUUUUUUUUUGUUGGGAAGUUUAUUUAUUAACUUGCAAUUAUUAAAGAAAAGCCUUUAAAACAUAAUAGUUUCUAAUGACUAACAGUUUUUGGUUUGGGAAACAAAGAUGGAUAUGUGAAAAUAAAAACAAAUUCUGACUCUAAUAUGCUCUAGUUGUAGACUAAACUAACUGAAGUCAGUAAAGUUGGGUUUUAAGCAUAAGACCCUUUUCAGAGAUAACCAAUUUAUCAAAGGAUUAUUAAUUUUAUACUCUAAGAGUUUUAUUACUGUAGUAGUAGAAAAUUAUUUUUAUUAUUCAUUCUGGUUAUUUUUCCUUUUAAUUGGCAUAGGCUACAAACACCCAACUUAAACCCUUGUAAUUAGGUGUUUUGUACCAAGUUAAGUUUUUGUUUUUGUUGUAUUUAAUUCUUACUAUCUUCCUUCAUAGAUUUGUUGGCUUGGGAAAUCAGAUUAAUUAAACAGGGAAAUUUAGGGGGAGCUAGAUAGCACAGUGGAUAAAGCACCCUCCUUAAAGUCAGGAGAACCUGA